AAAAAAAAAUGAACGAAAUUGAACGAAAUACCGUUCUAACCUAACUUCUUUUUUAUUUGUAAUCUAAUUCCGGCUGCCCCAAUGAUUUGCUCAGAUUUUUUAGAAUUUCAGGACAACCUGAAGAAAAUGCGAGUUCUUGAUGAUAAAAUAGUUUAUGCACUAAACACCUCCAUACCAACUGAAUCAUUUAGAAGCAAAGUAGACGCUUCAUCGGCUUGCGAAGAAUUGUACUCUCAGAUACAGAAAGGGCACUCUGAUAGAGAAAGUGUUAUUAAAAAUUGCAUUGUUGCUACUGCUGAAACAUUAAAGAAACUGAAAUCAGUAAAAGACGAGAAACCUGAUGAUUUUGAGACAAUUAAAAACUUUAAAGCUGAACAAAAGAAGUUACGCCUCUUACAAACUGAGCUUAGUGUUGAAGAAGUUAUACGAGAAAAAACCACCAAGCUAUUUGCAGAAAAAUGCCGAACAUAUUUUAAGCCAAAAGAAUUGUGAAGACUGGUAAUGAUGAACAUUGUUUUUGGAUUUUUUAGUGUAAAUAUUAUAAAUAGUUGAAGGUACA